CAUAAGAGCACCACCGAGCGCGUUCUCUCGGUCUUCAGGCGUAUUUCUGCUUCUUUCCACACACAGCCAACCCGCUUCAGCACCCUCGGAGGUGUUCACGCACUGAACAUCCUCUCGCAGUCGCGUUCAGUUUGUACGGGUCCAAUUAAAGUGAUUUUGAAACCGACGAGGCUCAGAACGAGGCUGAAGCAUCUUUAAGAGCGCGAGCAACAUAUGUGCUGCCUCUGAAGACUCGGUACAGCACCUCCGUGUGUCUGAAAACGCGUGAAAAAACGUUUCACCCGACUGCUGAAAACUUUCAAGGAAUAUUUACGAGCGUUUUGAAGGAUUUCCUGUCAGUAACACUGAGUAAAACGAAUACUUUUGGAGAUAUUUAGAGGACGGAAUACAAAGUGGACGCUGCGUUCCGAGGGGAAUCACAUUUACGCUCCUUCAGUCAUACGCUUCUUUUUGCGGACGGAAGUUUCUGAGUUUUCUGACGGAAAAAAUGGGCAUAACUGGUUAUUUUGAGCUGCAGUGGAAAUGCCUGGUUGUCGUGGCUCUAAGACUGCUGUUCCUUGUGCCCGCAGGAGUGCCAGCGAGAAGCGGAGAAUCUUAUUUAAAGGACAACAUCACUGUCAGACAAGGAGACAGUGCUGUCUUGAAGUGCAAUGUGGACAACAAAGUAUCGCGGGUGGCAUGGCUCAACCGGACCACUAUCCUUUUCACAGGGAAUGAAAAAUGGUCGUUGGACCCCCGGGUGGUCCUAUUAAACACAGCAGUCACUGAAUACAGUAUAAAGAUCAUAAACGUGAACUUAUACGAUGAGGGGCCAUAUGUGUGUUCCAUCCUCACGAACAAGAAACCAGAAUCGACAAAAGUGCAUCUCAUCGUACAAGUUCCUGCCAGGAUUGUAAACAUAUCCGCGGAUGUUUCAGUGAACGAGGGUAGUAAUGUAAGCCUCAUGUGUCUGGCCAUCGGACGACCUGAACCCAGCAUUUUUUGGAAAUUCCGUUCUUCAAAAGGUGGUGGAAAAGGUAAUAGAAUCAUAACUGAGGGUGAAUAUGUGGAAAUGACUGGAAUCACCAAAGACAUGUCCGGCUCGUACGACUGCAUCACGUCAAACGACAUCUCGCCUCCAGACGUGAGGACUGUUCAGGUUACCGUAAAUUAUCCACCUGUCAUUUCGCGAGCUCGGAGCACAGGAACGGCUGUCGGCCAGAAAGGAGUUUUGUGGUGCGAGGCGUCUGCCGUUCCUCUGGCGGAUUUUCAGUGGUAUAAGGGGGAGCGCAGACUCUUCAACGGACUCAACGGGGUCAAGAUCGAAAACAAGGGGAAACAGUCCAUGCUAACGUUCUUUAACGUCUCGGAAGAGGAUUACGGGAACUACACCUGCGUGGCCAUGAACACACUGGGAAUAACAAACGCCAGCAUUAUUUUGUACGGCCCCGGAGCAAUACACGACGUGAACAACGCAGCCUUAUCGCCAACCAGCUCAUUCUUGCUUCUGAUUCUCGUUUUAACUCUUUCGGUCCUCAGCAAGUUUUGAUGCUAAAGCAGCGUGUCCGUUUCUCCGUACACACACAAACUCACAGUCCCACACACAGAGAAGAAGAGUACUUUAUCAGUUAUUAUUAUCGUCAUCAUCAUUUGAAUUAUUUUGCCUUAUGUUUCGUUUCUGAAGGGAAGUGUCAGUGUGGGUUUAUGGGUCUGUAAUAAGAUGCUUUGGGAUUUAACCGUGUUUUGAAACAGUGAACUGGACUGUGAAUGGAGUCAGUUUGUUAGCUGGGUAGAAAUAAUAAUAGAACCACUAUAUGUGUCUCUCCAACCUUUUGUAUGUGAAAAGAGAAGCAAAAAUUCAUGUAAUCGUGAAUAACUGAAUGUUUUUUUUGCUCAGUGUUGAACAGUGUGAAUUGAGGUUACUGGUGUCCUGUUUUCCUGUAAAAUAACAUGAUUUUUCUUUCUUUUUUCUUUUUUAAAAUAAUUGAUAAAAAUGACAA